CGUCAUGGACCUUCUAUGUCGAAUAAAAAUGUAUAAAAGACAGCACAUUAAGAGUAAUUUUUCGUUUUUCAUUAUCAAACAAUCAUCUUAAUUCUAACAAUGAAAUUCACUCUCGUUUCUUCUUGUGUGGCACUUGUUGUCAUGGCUCUCUCAGUCGAAGCUGCUCCAGCAACUCAAAAAACUCUUACCAUUCCUUUAGAAUUCAACGAUAGCUACAAGCCUAAUACCAAGGCUGCCAUUGCUAAAGCCAAGGCCAAGUACAUCAAGAAGAUUAUCAAUCCUCUUAAGGGUGUUCCCGCUGCUAUUGUUCCUGAAGCCACCGGAAGCGUUCCUGUCAUUGAUUAUGAAAGCGAUCUCGAAUACUAUGGUACUGUUCAAAUCGGUACUCCUGCUCAAAACUUCAAGAUCAACUUCGAUACUGGUUCUUCUGAUUUAUGGGUUGCAUCUACGUUGUGUUCCACCUGUACCACCCACACUCGUUAUGACUCCACCAAGUCCAGCACCUACGUUGCUGAUGGUCGUGCUUGGUCAAUUGCUUACGGUGAUGGAUCCACUGCCAGCGGUAUUUUGGCCAAAGAUACUGUUACUCUUGGAGGUCUUGCUAUUAAGAACCAAACUAUUGAAUUAGCAAAGAAAGAGUCUAGCAGUUUUGCUUCUGAUCCUAUCGAUGGUCUUCUUGGUCUUGGUUUCAACACCAUCACCACAGUUGCCGGUGUCAAGACCCCCGUUGAUAACUUAAUUAGUCAAGGGUUGAUUACCAAUCCUAUUUAUGGUGUCUGGCUCGGUAAGGCUAUCAAUGGUGGUGGCGGUGAAUAUCUCUUUGGUGGCAUCAAUACCUCCAAGUAUACCGGUUCUUUAACCACUAUUCCUGUCGAUAACUCUGAUGGCUUCUGGGGCAUCACCGUUGCCGCCACCAAGAUUGGAACCACCUCUAUUGGAUCUUUCAGUGGUAUUCUCGAUACCGGAACCACUCUUUUGCUUUUCACUGAUGCUAUUGCCAAAAAGGUCGCUGCAGUUUAUGGUGCUAAGGAUGUUGGAGACGGAACCUACACCAUCAAUUGUGAUACCACCGCCUUCAAGCCUCUUGUCUUCACCAUUGGAUCUGCUACAUUCAAUGUUCCUGUCAACUCUCUCAUCUACGAAAAGUAUGGCUCUACCUGUUACGCCUCUUUUGGUUAUGCCGGUCUUCCAUUUGCUAUUCUCGGUGAUACUUUCUUGAAGAACAAUUACGUCGUUUUCAACCAAAAGGUCCCCAGUGUUCAAAUCGCUGCUGCUGUUGGUCAAUAAUUUUUUUUUUUUACCCACUUUUAAAAGAAAUUUAAUUUUGUACAAUAAUAAAAUAAAAUCACACAGUGAUUAUCAAAUUAAAA